UCCUUUCCUUUACUUUCUCCUUACUUUUUUGUUCUUUUCUCCAACAGCAGAGUCUACAACCCAGACCAGACCCAGACCCAGACUCUACUCCUCCCCUGUUUACUUCCCUUCUCCUCAAAGCACAACACAAACCCAAGAGAGAGAGAGAGAGAGAGAUAGAGCAGAAGGAUGAUGAUGGAUUGGGAAAAACAACAGCAACAUCAAGAGGAAUUGAUGAAUGGUGUGAACAGCAGCAGCAACGGAAAUGGAAAUGGAAAUGGGGGUAUGUUUGUGAAGGUGAUGACGGACGAGCAAAUGGAGGUUCUGCGGAAGCAAAUCGCGGCGUACGCAACCAUUUGCGAGCAGCUCGUCGAAAUGCACAAAUCGCUCACCUCUCACCCCGAUCUCUCAGGAGCCAGGUUGGGAAAUCUUUACUGUGACCCCUUUGUGACAUCCGUUGGACACAAAAUUACUGGAAGACAACGGUGGACCCCGACCCCUGUGCAGCUUCAAAUUCUCGAGCGUAUGUUUGAACAAGGCAAUGGGACACCAAGCAAGCAGAAGAUCAAAGACAUAACCUCUGAGUUGUCUCAACACGGUCAAAUUUCAGAGACUAAUGUCUACAAUUGGUUUCAAAACAGGCGUGCUAGAUCAAAACGGAAGCAGCAGGUCACCACAACUAACAAUGCUGAAUCAGAAGCGGAAACAGAAGUUGAAUCAGCUAACGAAAAGAAGACUAAGUCGGAGGAUUUUCAGUCUCAGCCUAACUCAGCUCCAAGGGCUGAGGAUUUGUGCUUCCAAAACCCUGAAGUUAGCUCUGCUAUGCAUUCUGUGGAUUCACAGUUGAAUAAAGUGGAGCCAAUGUAUCCAUCAAAUGGCAGUUCAAAGCCUGCUAGGAGUAUGGGACAGAUGUCUUUCUAUGAUUCGAUGCUAUCAAAUUCAAGAAUCGACCACUUGAUUGGUAAGAUGGAAGUCUCCGGCAACUACAACCCAUACCUGCAGGAAGAUGACUACAACUUGACAAGCUGAUAGUAUUUUGAAGCAUUGGGAUUUUGCUUCGGUAAGUAUGAAUGGGAAGCAAAAUAUAUUACACGGAAGUAACUGGUUCAGAUACCAGUUAGAGAAAAACUUACGGUUUGAUAAGAUAGGCGGACCACGCCCUUAACACAUUAAGGCUGCUUAUAUAGAUAGUGUUAAAAUGGAUUUGUUUCAUAGUGUUGAUAUAUUUCAGGCUUGUGUAUGAUAAUUUUCUGAUGAGGUUGUGUUUCUGACUCUCUUUGGCUGAACUUUGAAUGCUGGUAAUGCUUUUGUUAUUCUCA